UAUGAUUCACAGGGCUCUGUGCAACUUCCUGAAAGGUACACACUCAGGUGUAAAACCGGUUUUCACAAUUCUGGUUUUCCUGCUUUAUGUUUCUUCAGAAACUAGACAGUGAUUUCCAUCGAUUCAGAGUAACACCCCCUCACCACAUGGUUAUAAGCAAAAGCACUGGAGUUGUAGCUGUAGUCAGAAAAAAGGAGAGCCAGGGGCUUAGAACAACAAAUAUGCCCGGUUCACUAAAAGAGUGAUUUGGGAGCAUUAAGUCUCACGUGACAGCAACAUCCACCUUGACAGACACAACACAGAACCAACGCUGAAAUCAGGUCCCAGAUACAGAGCCACUUCAAACGGAGCACCUACCGAUUUGUACCUACCUCCCGUCAUUUGUGUUUUGAACAGUGGAUCAGAGGAACAGUUUGGCUUUCCUCUGAUCCCACGACUGUUCGGGAUGGAUGACGACGAUCCCCAAACAGCUGAAUAGCAAGUGAAGCUCCGGUACUGCACAGCUUCAAUCAGAGAGGUCAGCACUAGCUUCAGUGCAGGCUCACAGCUUCAGCAUCUGCUCCUUUUGUACAUGCCACCAAGAGCCAAGUUGGCCACCAAGUUUUCAAAAGACUUUCUGCUGUAAUUAUACCUUCCAAACCUACAGUAGGAAAGUUGUAGGGUGAUCAGAAGAUGUCUAUCAGAACAUCCAUCCACUUCAAAACUGGGACUGCAGGAAAGAGCAAGAAGAUGAAACUGCGGGACGUGCUGUCAGCAGACAUGAUUAGCCCUCCACUUGGGGAUUUUUGCCACAGAUCGCACAUUGGCCGGAGCGGAGAGAGUGAUACAUUUGGUGACAUGUCUUUCCUGCAGGGUCAGCACGAUCUCCUGUCAAGCUUGAGUGCAUCAAAAGACCUAGAGGGCGGGGGACCCCCAAAACCCCCUCGUCUACACCUGAAAGAGUCUCAGAAUCUGGCUCGUAAUGUGUCAGUCGAUCCCAUGACAGCCAUUAUCAAGACUACAAGUAAUCAAUCAAGUGCUGACUCAACCACCCUCCACCACAACCCAUCAGGGUGUUCGCUGGAAGAACUACCAGAUAUUCAGAAAACCAAUGAGAAUCAACAACAAACUGAAGAUUUAAAUGAACAACAGUGCCCAACUGAGACUAUGGUUUAUGAGUCUUCGGUGGACUCCAUGUUUUCAUUUAAGAUAGAUUUGGGACCUUCAAUACUGGAAGAUAUUCUCAAAGUUAUGGAUAAUUAUACAUCCUAAGAUUUCACAUUAGUCAUUUUCUUAGCUGCUGAAGAAUAGCAGCAAAUUACAAAAUCUUUGGACCUUAGGCACAAUAAUGCCAACUUUCAUUUGGAAGGCUAAUGGCACCCUAAUGCAUCGAGUUGUCAAGGAAAGAAAGAUGUAUUAUUAAUUAACAUUUAGUAAUAAGCAAGGCUGGAAAAUUGUAAGUAAACAGAGAACAGUGUCACAUACAUAUCAAAACAAACAUUGUAAUGCCUACUAUCAACUGAUCUCUAAAAUAAAGGGCUAAGGGGGAAUCACACACAAAUGAGGUGCUUGCAAAGCUUAUGCUGCUCGAGGGUCAUCUGCGUGGAGGCUGCAAAGUUAUUCGAACCAACACAAGCACUUUUAGUGCAUUGUGAUCCAUAUCUGGUGCUCCUCUAUUCCCCACUCCCUGCCAAAAGGUGGCAGCUUAUCAUUCCCAAGCCUCUCGAAUUUAGUGAGGAGCAGCACUGGACAUAGACGGGAAUCUUCACUCUCCAAAUUACUCCUCCUUCCACUUGAACUAUUUUGCUAAUAGCAGAGCCAAUGUAAGUAUGAGAGAAGCCCAUUCAGCCCCAACUACUGAAUCAGACCACGACUGACUGGUAUAACUCCAUUUACCAAACUUAGGUCUUCUCAAACUUAACAUCCUGUGCAACAAAAGGCUGUAAACCUGAGACUGGAUCUCCGGCUUCAACGGAUUUCUACGAGAUCGAAGGGGAUAAGGAAGAUGGAAGUUGCAGAUUUGCACUUCCUCUGCAUGAAAAAAGUGCUUCCUGACAUCACCUUUGAACAACUAUAUAACUUCCACUUUAUUUAUAUGGUCUGUUUUUCCAAAUUCUCCAAACAGAUACGAAAUAGUCAGCUCAAUUACGCCACUAUUUAAUAUUCCAAGCUCUCACAGCCAACCUAUACAGCCUGUUCUAAUAAUUUAGCCUUUAAAAUUGAACAGUGCACGUUUGUUAAGCAAAAUCACAUUCUGUUAUCCGCUGCCACAGUGCACUGGAGUAGUCAACACAGAUAACAGAAUGUGAUUUUUCCUGACAUUUCCUUUACCUGAACAAUCAUACCGUGGUAAGAGUCUUGAGAAUUUAGUUUAUUCCAGCACACAGUCUUUUGGCAGGGAUGAUAGAAUAUUCUGGAUUUUUACCAACGUUUAUGUGAACAGAUUCUUCUCAAUCCCACUCUAGAAUGGGAUAACUCCCUUUGGAUUAGGGAACAUCAGAAUUUAUGGACUUAAAGGGCCCAAAAUCCACCUUUUUGUGUUUUAUUAUCCUAAUGCAUACAGUAACAAUGGAGUCAUUGACCUGAGUACUCAAUCUAUCAUUAAGACAAAAGGACAUGAUUAGGAACCCUAGUGGUGGCAAACAUUGAAAAUUAUAGGUCAACAGACUCCUGCAGUACAAUUGUUAUAGCUCAGAUUGCUUACAUUCCCAAAAUAUUACUUUCCAAAACAAAAUCUAGUUAUUCUUCCUGCUUUGAUCUCCCUUGGAGUAGAAUGCACAGAUUGAUCACUGACUUGCUGAAAUCUUUGUAAAAAUUAGUUCUAUAUCUUUCAAUGUAGACGACUCCUCUGGUUCUCCAAUUCUGAACAAGACGGAACAUACUCUGGGUUUAUCUACAGCCUUUGUAAUCCUAAAUCUUUCACUGAGAAUAUGGCCAAUUCACACAAUACAAUUCUUCGGGCUCCUCAAAUCAUUCUGGAUUCUGUUUUUCAUAAUAUUUCAAUCUCUGCAAUAGUCUUUAUGCACUGCAGUGACAGGCCCACACAUAACAUUCCAAGCACAAUUGCAAAGAUUUUAAAAAAUCGCAAGAUUACUUCAUCAUUUCAGCAUUAUUGCAAUAAUUUAAUGUUUCCAAGCAAACACAGAAAUCACUUUCACUUUUCAUGCAUGUUGCUUUCCCUCUAUAUAAAUAACACUCCCUGGAUUUUGUCCCCAUGCAGACCUUUUCACAAACCAACAAUUAAUUUUAUCUGGCACUUGUUUGCCCAAGUUCUCGAAUAGGUUAUUGCAUUCAGCUUGGUUUCUACUAGUUCAUUAACUUUGUAUUAUCUGUUAGAUUUAAGAACAUAACAACAGUAGGAGUAGGCAGUUUAGCCCCUUGAACCUGCUCCAUUUGAUAUGAUCAUAGCUGAUCUUAUCCCAAACCCAACUCCACUUUCCUGCCUGCUCUUCAUAACGCUCUAACCUAUUACUAAUUAAAAAUCUAUCUCCUCCUUAAAUUUACUCAAAAUUCCAGCAUCCACCACACUGUGGAGCAGUGAAUUCCACACAUUCACAAUCCUUUGAAAGAAAUUAUUUAUCUUCACUGGUGUUUUAAAUCUGCGCCCCCUUAUCUAAAACUACGAUCUCUUGUUCUAGAAGUCUUUAGAGGUUUAACCAUCAUAUUUGUGACUUGUGGCUCUAGAUCAUUUGUAGACAAUAAACAAAAUCACCAUUGAUUCCCCCAUGAAAGGAAGCAGCUUCUCUGCAGUCACAGUGCUUUUAUCAUUUUAACCCAAGUUAAUUUGAGAAGGGGUGAUUUGUAACAGCUAUGAAUCAUACACUUCAUACUUAUUUAAAUAUUCUUCAUAAUUCAAAUAUUGUUUAACCUUCAUAUAAUGUUUCAUUUGGCUUUGUGUCAAAAUACAAGUGUUAUAAAUAAUGACCCAUAUCUUUGCCACUGAAAUUUUGGUGAAGCAUUCAUCUCACACUGUAUUCACUGUGAGGCACAUUCAACACAGCAGCUGCAGACUAUAUCACCCUAAACUUGUCUACAAUAUUUGUACCUGCUUAUAAAAAUUGAGAACAAUUGUUUGCCAAAUCGAAGACUAUUUCACUGAAGGUAGCACAGAGGCAACAAGGUUAUGAAAUUGGGGCUAAGAGACAGAAAGCAAAGAGUAUUGUGAACAGUUGCUCUUCAGAACACAUUCCACACAUUCACAAUCCUUUGAAAGAAAUUAUUUAUCUUCACUGGUCCCCCACUGCACUUUGAUAUACAUUAAGCUGGUCAUCACAUCAAAGUUGGCAGAUGGCAGAAAAUUUGUAAAUGUGGUAAACUGCAAAAUGAGUAGCUGACUUCAGGAGCACACAGACAAGUUGGUGAAAUGGACCAACAUGGGAUGAAAUUUGAUUCAGAGAAUUGAAGCAGAGGCAAUUUAAAUAAAUUUUAUAGCAGGUGGAGGAACAGAGACACCUAGGGUUUAAGUGAAGAUGGCUUUGAAGAUGGCAGGACAUAUUAAGAUGGUUGUUAAAAAUGGUGUAUGGAAUCUUUGGUUUUAUGAGUAGAAGUACACAGAACACUAAAACUAGGAAGAUUUGGUAAGCCUUCAUAUGUUAAGACCUAUCUAUAGGUUGUGGCCAAAUUCAGCCACCAUAGUUUUGGAAGGAUAUCAAAGAUGCAGAGAAAACUGACCAGAAUAUUAUUAGAGAUGAGGGAACUCAGUUAACAGACAGACUAAAGAAGUUGGUGUUGUUUUCCUUAGAGAGAACAGGGUAAGGAAAGACUUAAUACAGCCAUUCUUUGAACAGAGUAAAUAAGGCAAAAGGAAUGGUAACUGAAGGUCACAGGCUUAAAGAAAUUGGCAAGAGCAGCAAAGGUGAGAUGAGGAGUUCUUUUUAAUGCAGCAAGUUAUGAUGAUCUGGAAUGCACUACUUAACAGGGUGGAAGAAACCAGUUGAGUGUAACUAUCAAAAGUGAACUGCAUAAAUAUUUGAAAGUAGAAAAAACUGCAACAUAAUGGAAAAAAAAGAAACUGAGGAGUGAAACCAUUGGAUGGCAUAUUCAAGCAACUGGCUCCAUUACACUGGGACAAACGGUACGAUGAAAUCUAUGGUUCAAUUAAGUUUUCAAAAAGACAAGCAGGGCAGCGCGAAUGGUUUCUUCCAUCUUAUACAUUUGGUAUGUAAAGUUUUAUGUUGCUUCACAAUGAGAGAGGGGUGUGGUUUCAUUUGAGCUCCCGCACUACUUUAAACCAAUAAACCUUAUUGUAGUAUUUGAAAUAUUUCCUCCUCUUCACUUUUAAAGUUGUAAAGAAAUUACAUUUAUUUAAAGUGGUAGUACCUUUGAUGAAAGAUAUUUUGAU